UUUCUAAACUAUGUUAUGUUAUUUCAACACUAAGUCUAGAAGGUAGACAAAACUUAACGAUUAUGGAAGCCCACUGUUCUAGCACAUAGAUCUAGUAAAAGUGAAACUAAAACAGAUGUUGGUGAAGACAGUUGUCUAUUGGAUCCUAUUAGGUGCAGCCACUUGCUAUUUACACCCUAGCUGUAGACUAUUUGAACAUUUGAAGAAAAUGAUUUGUCGAAGUCCCAACCACUUCAGUAAUUUGAUAGAGAACCGAGAUUCAUUACAAACAAGCUCAUUCCAGGACGAUCUACCAACAGAAUAUUUGACGUCAUUGAAGACACUGGCCUACAGAAACAUAACUAAGCUAGUUCCUCACGGCACCGUCUGCGCAGGACCGGAUGCGGAGAGUCAGAGGUGGAUAAUGGUGCGUUGCUGGCAAGGGAUUUGGAAGGAUGCUGAUCCAACAACCACGCGACAGAGUUUGAAAAACAAGCGGAAACGUUCUGAGUACAUAGGGGCAGAAGGAGCUUCCUCGGGACAAACAGAGCACGUGAAAACGCUUCAUUACCGAUGUGAGAACCGCUGUGAUACGGGAUGGUGGCACUAUUGUCAGAACAUGUGCUGGAUUAACCGUAGAAGGGAUGUCCCACCAACAAUCAACUGCCCGUCAAUAAAUGAUUUCACCGUAGAGUUUGGCAAACAAGACGUUAGAGUCACCUGGAGAAAGCCAAGUGCUCACGACGAAGAAGAUGGUAAUGUGAUACCUCGAAAAACCGCCGGUCCUGAAAUAGGGAGUUAUCAGAAGGACGGCAAUUACCUGGUGGCCUAUGAAGCCAAAGAUUCAAAGGGGAACACGGCCUACUGCAGUGUGUCUUUUAAUGUCUACGCGAGUCACUGCCCCAAUCCCGACAGUAACAGUCUGUAUUUCCUGCAUCACGGAACGGUGAACUGCACAAAGAGUAAUCUGGUUGGCUCCGUCUGCUUCUUCUACUGUGACGCCAACUAUGAAUUGAAAGGUCACAAGUCAUCCAGCUGUUUACAAGAUGAGACUUGGAGCUCACCCAACAAGCCGGACUGUGUUGCGUUACGUUGUUCUGCUCCUCCGCUUCUGGAGAAUAUCAUUAUUAAGGCCUGUCCUGAACCAUUUGAAAUUGGUGCCAUUUGUCACGUGGAAUGCCUCGCAGGCUAUCAAUUGGUGGGAGACCAUAUGACAUGUAAACUAGACAGAAGGUGGAGCACUGUAGAAUGUAUCGACGUAACCAGACCAGCUAUCAAAUGUCCCGACUCGAUGAACCAAAAAAUUCAAGACAAGACAUCCAAAGUUUCUGUCCGGUUCAAACUAGAGAGUAUAGUGGAUGAUUCGAGCACACAAGUGACCACUAAUUACUUAUCUGGUCAAGCAUUUGGCCUUGGUAGAUACGUUGUCAUUUUUACCGCUACAGACAAAUUUGGCAAUGAAGCAAAAUGCGCCUUCAACUUGACUGUCGAUGUGCAUACCUGCCCGGUAUUGAACCCAAGAUUUGCCAGCGUCUCAUGUAACGACAGCCACUAUAUCUGGUCCUAUUGUAGCGUUAAAUGUAUCUUCGGAAGCAAUGACAACUCUGACCAUGUGGUCAAUAUGCAGUGUCAGAUGGACGGCACAUGGACCGACAAAUUACCAAACUGUAACGAUAGAUCCUGCGGCUCACCACCACAAAAUUUAAGCGUCCAUUGUGCUGAUGGACACAGCUAUGGGUCAGUAUGCGCUAUGGUAUGUCCACAGGGGUCAGACAUUGUAAAGUUUUCAACCAUCACAUGUCAGUCCAACCAGAGAUGGUCAGUUGUAGGCGCCUGUAUAGACACCCAAAGCCCAAGGUUUCUAGUGUGCCCCAGAAGCGUCGUUCAGUACAACAGCCUGCAUCUGCUCAACUUCCCAAACUUUGCCGCCUGGGACAGUGCCGGCAAGGUUUACAUUAAAGCUUUAAACUACAAGCUCUACACGGGUAUCCUAACUAAUGUCACCUUGGAGGCCAGUGAUAAGCGAGACUACGGAAAUAAAGCGUUUUGUAAAUUUCAAAUCAUAAAACCACCUGACAUGUGCGAUUAUCCGUUCUACGUGGAUACCAGCGAAGAGAAGUCCAUGACCUUUGAAUGCGGGUUUUUAGACAACAACACACAUUACUGUGAUAUCAAUUGUAUGAAUGGCUACCAGCUCCAGGGCAGCGCCACAAUGACCUGUGUGGACAAUGUCUGGACAUAUGACUCUCAACCAAAAUGUGAAAGAAGAGAUCAGCUUCUAUGCUGGGUGCCACGACGUCUGUAUCGAGGAAACAUUACUGAGUACACGGUGAACAAUGAAAUCCGCUGGAAGCUAGACUGCGUACCAGGGUUCGAAGUGCCCCACUACAAGUUCCGGGACAAGAAGGACAAGUAUUUCUACUGCAAAGACGGUAUGAUCCAACCUAUGAGGAUAGCUUUAACCUCAUGCAAGCCUGCCUUUGUAGCACCGGGAGUGGUAUUCAAUUUUGUAUUCAUUAUCUAUGGACUCAAGUGCCUUCGUUCUGUCAUCGAGAUAAAGAAACUUAUUGUUUCUAUGGAUUUGUAUUCAAAAGUAGAUGGAAGAUUUGUGGAUAACAACUUUAUUAUUUUUAGACAUCACUGUGACAGGAAUACGAGAGACCACAGGCGGUUUAAUCAAACUAUGGCAUCUUAUACCUAUAUAGAAGAGGUAUUCGUCGCUGUCUAUGUACCUACCAUCAAAGCAACUGAGGAUGCAUGGCUGAAGGCGCAUAAUGACUUAGGCGAGCAGCUCAAGAAAAACAUAAAGAACGCUGAAGUGCAAAGGACCACAGAGAAAGUCGCCUUUAAAUUUGAUUACGGUGGCCUGACGUACGUAUGUCAGCAGGGUGAAAAGUACUCUGUCAGUUAUAAGAAAUGUGCUACCUGUGGCAGGGGCUCGAUCUAUACCGGCGAAUACUGUGAGCCUUGCCCCAAGGGCACCUACCAGAAGUACGAUUCGGGGUAUAGGUGUGCCCAUUGCCCUUCAGGGUGGAGGUCGCCAUAUAUGGGGCUGAUAUCAGUGGAAGAAUGUUCUAGUUUGGAGUUGGAAGGUGAAAAACGAAAAGCUAAUUGUGAACGAGGCCUUGUAAAAGUCGAGGGCACUUCCCAGUGCAUUCCUUGCCCUAUGGGCACAUUUCAGUUUGACUCCCAAUGUUCCUCCUGCCCUGAAGGCACCUGGACGUUAUUUAGCGGAAGUUCCUCUCCCAAUCACUGCAUAUCCUUCUGUGCUCCGGGAAAGUUUUCAAGAUCUGGUUUGGAGCCUUGUUUAGUGUGUCCUAAAGGGCAAUAUGCUCAGAGCCGUGGUCAGAAACAGUGUUCCAAGUGCCCCUUUGGUACUUGGACCUCAGAGGAGGGAGCAUUUCAAAAAGAAAUGUGCAAAAUUUAUGAUGUGAACGUAGACUCGACCUUCAGAGUACACGUGAACGAAACCGGGUUAAAGAGAGAUGCUAUGACCUUGUCCUUUUGGGUCAACCUUCUCAGAGAUGUCGAGGAAGUGGGUACAGCUUUCUUUGCUGGUCCGCUGAUGGACUCCAUCGGCUCCAUCGGCUGUGGACUUUUCACCAUUAGCUUCAGCCUGAAUGGGAACGAGCAGCGGAAAAAAAGGAGAACGUGGCGCCACCUGGCGUUGGUUUACUCUCUGAACAAAAUGGUUCUGUAUGUUGACGGCAAAGAACAUGAUAUGCUACCGGCUGAAUUUCCAAGAGACUGCUCUAUCUUGGAAUAUAAAGGCAACUAUCUUAUCCCAAACUUAAUGAUGUCGGAAAUCCUUAUGACCAACGCUGCACUGACGGUUGAAGACGUUGUCAGGUUGUCCAGCAAAUGCGGAGAGUCAGCAAGCUACGAAAACAUUCUGUAUUGGGACAAGAUGAAACAUGCUGUGAUCGCUGAGACCUCUUGUGAUGACACAGAUAACUGCAUUUCUGAACCUUGCGGUGACCACGGCGUCUGUAUUGACCUAUACAACGAUUAUGUUUGUUACUGUACUGAUUACUUUCAAUGGGAUCAUUGCAAAAGCCCUCCCAACUGGUGCUUGGGGAACCAGUGCAAGAACGCCAAGCAGUGCAUCAAUGAUUUACAGGCAAACACAUACAGGUGUGAUUGCAAGGAAGGCCAUUCUGGGAAACUUUGCGAAAGUAGCCGAGUUGGUGAUUGGACUGAGUGGUCAGAAUGGUACCCCUGCCACCAGACAUGUGGUGAGACCUUAACAAUCAGACAGCGAGAGUGUGUGACGCAAGAUAAAUCAGUUAGUGCGAGCUGCAGCGGUGAAAGUAUAGAGAGUAAAUUGUGUGAGUCCACUCCAUGUCCAAUUGAUGGCGGUAUGUCGGAAUGGCAGGCCUGGACAUGCAUCAGCGACGAUAAAGGUGGGAUGGCAGUUCGAGUGAGGAAGUGUAACAACCCAGCACCACAGUAUGGAGGAGACACCUGCUGGCAACCAACCAAUGAGUACAAGGCAUGUGAUUCUCCCAGCUUCCGGCCAGUGGACGGUGGUUUGGGUCCUUGGUCAGACUGGUCAUACUGCAAUUUAGAAGACAACGCAAGGACUAGGGUCAGAUUGUGUGAGAACCCUCCGCCCAACCAUGGGGGAAGAAACUGCAGUGAGGAAGAGGCGUUGGAAACUAUGCCUUGUGAACUUGUGGAGAAAAAAGGGUGUUGGAAGCUGGUCAAGGUUGGUAUCAAUAUGAAAAGACUAUCAUGUACUUAUGACCAAGUGGCCUCUGUGACAGAAUGUUUCAUAGAGUGUAAGAAAGGUUACACAGUGGACACAGACUUGAUGUACACUUGUGGGGCCAAGUCAAAUUACACCUGGUCGCAUAUCACAAGGACCAACCCCAGGGGUCUUUUACCCCAUUGUACCAAAACGUAUUCAGUGUCCGAAAGAAGCUUGACCAUGUACGGCUUCUAUCUAAAUCUUGUGGGCCAUGAGAGGGCGCUGACUGUACUACUGCAGGAUAACGUGGAAGGGUUUGUCCAAACCUUUUGCCUUGACUGCCAAUGGAAGGUCUCAGUGUCUGUUAUAAAUGGGAUUUCAAAUGCAAUUAUAACAAUUAGUCUGCCUUCACCGAUUGUGGAUCCAUUUACUGAUGAUGAAGAUCAAACAAUGAAGUAUAUCAAUGCACUCUAUAAGUUUGAGUUCGUGGCCCAGCACUUCUACAACAGUUCUGACUCUUGGUCCUCCAUCUUUCUGAACGGCCGGGAGUACAGAGUCUUCACAAAGAACAUGAGCAUACACGAGAACUGUCCCGAAGGCACACAAGCCCUUCAUGGGCUUUGCGCAUCCUGUGGACCAGGGACGUACUGGAAAAAUCGUCGCUGCAUAGAUUGUCCUGUUGGCUACCUCCAGCAACAGACUUCUAGAAAGUGCUGCGACAAGUGUCCUGAAGGCACCACCACAGCAGGCAAAGGUGCCACAAAUACAGAACAUUGCGUCAACAAUGUCGACUUCCUGUACAACUUCCAGCUGGGCUAUUGGGACGACAACAAACCUUUAGCAGAAGACUCGCUGUUUGAUGACGAUUGCGCCGUGACCAACACGUCAACGUCAUUUGAGCGAAUAGUUUUAAUCAUGAUGGCUCUUGGUGUACUGUUUGGAAUUGCUGGAGUUUUGGGCAUUAAAUUUUAUGGCCAGGAAUAUGAAAAUAUCAACAGCCCGCACAAAAGUUUUCCGACUUGGUCAGGUUCUAGAAGUCUCUCUUUAAAAAAGUCCAUAUCUCGCACAAAGUCAGACGAUGGCGGGGCACGUAGCGCUGUAACCAGUACGAAUGUUUGACUUCACGUUUUCGAUUGAUCGAGACUGACCUAGACCUCAAUUUCUGUAAGAAACUGACCAGAUCGUAUUUCUGUUCACAAGCCCAAUUAAAUCCUCAUGUUUGAAUUCAUGAACUGUUUUUAGUGUGUGAUGACCAAAUAAAGUAUUUCUAUUGUAAUAGUU